GUACGUCUCCGCGAGCGAAAGAGGCGUCUGCCAAUAGCGGGAGAGACGAAGUACUUUUUAUUCUUUUCAUCUAGCACUUUAAAUCACCGGCGUUUCGAGUGAACUGUUGUAUUAUUCUUUGACGUUGUGGUGGACUUUUAUAGAACUCACCUAUAACAAUGCCUCGUGGUGGGAAAAAGGGCCACAAGGGCCGCGGGAAGCAGUUCAGCAACCCUGAAGAGAUUGAUCGUCAGAUGAAAGCCCAGCGAGAGAUGGAAGAAAAUGGUGGUGCAGAGAAAGAGGGCUCUUCAGAGUCUGAGGAGGAGAGCAGCAGCGAUGACGAGUCUGAGGUUAGAAAGAGGAGUGGAGUGGAGGGGCUUAUUGAGAUUGAGAAUCCCAAUCGUGUCGCUCAGAAGAGCAAAAAGGUAGCUGAAAUAGACGUCAGCGCUCCCAGAGAGCUUUCUCGCAGGGAGAGGGAAGAGAUAGAAAAGCAGAAAUCAAAAGAGCGCUACAUGAAACUUCAUCUUGAGGGUAAGACUGAGCAGGCCAGAGCUGAUCUCGCCAGACUGGCUAUCAUCAAGAAACAGAGGGAGGAGGCUGCCAGGAAGCGAGAAGAACUCAGGAAAGAGAAAGAAGCGGAAGAAGCCAAAGCAAAGCGCUAGUCCUCCACCUGAAAGCUUCGCCAUGUACUUCACUCUCAGAGGGAUGGAGGGAGAAGCAGAGGAGAACGGGGAGGGGACCAUUAUGGGUAGUGUCAGAUCAGGACUGCUCUUAAACUCCUGUACCUCAUUUUAAAUCAGAAGUUCGUGGGGCUUCCACGGCAAGAGAAAACAGGUGGAACAAAACAAGAUGAAGAGAAAUGGAACAUUUGGAAUGCCUCCAGUUUUCUUUAAAACUCCUUCAAGGUUCCAGAGGAAACAAUCGCAGGUUUUCCAAGUGCUUCACAGCCUCUUCAUUGUUCCACACCUACCAGGUUUUUAAUUCAAAAGCUGCUGAAGUUAUUUGCAUUCCUUUUGAUUUGUGCAUUUUUUUUAAACAAGAUUACCUAAUAGAAGUUUACUGGUCAUGUAAAAUUGAGCAUGCAUGAGGAUUUCUUUGGUGCUUUACUUUUUCUCCAGUUUUAACUGUUUUGUAAGAACGCAAAUCAGCGACAGGAGAAGGAAAGAACAUUAUUAAACACAUGAACUGAUAUAGGAAAUACACUCUGGACUUUACUACUUUGUUCUAGGUUUAAAAUGGUAUGCUGCAGCUCAGUUAUCAGAAAUCAGUUGAGUUGAUAUUUUGCAUAAACUUUUUCUCAUUCUUCUCACUCCAUUAGAGCAAAAUCAAAAUUUCCAGACACUGUUGUCCCAUUUUUUUUUUUUCAGUUUGCCAUUGAUAUGAAAACAGAUUUUUAAUUGGAAAUUUACAGAGUGGAAAUAAUUGGCUGUUGUCUCCACCACAGCAAGGCAUUAUAUCGUUAUUUGGCUUGUCUUAUGUCCCGUGAUUGUUUUCAGUACUUUCUUACCUUCUAUCAACUUACUGUUCAUGUUUCUUGGCCUUAGACCACCAGGAACAGCCCAUGAAAUUCCUUUAAAAAAUUGCUUUUUCUUUGGGGGGGGGGGGUGAUGUACCUGUAUUUAAAAGUUUAAUCUAAAACAUCCUCAGUAUUUUUGGCCUUACGCUGUUUCUAGUGACAGCUUCUGUAUUUCUGUAGCAGAGUGUGUCUUUUGUCGCCUUGUUAAAGUUUACAUGACACCAGCUCACUGUUUUUUCUUCUGUAAGUAAAGUGCUACAGUUAACAUACACAUACUUUCUUAGGUACAUUACCAGUCAGCAGUAAUGCACUUAUAUACAUAAGCACCACUAAAAACAGCUUCCAGAUGGUGGCCCGGCUCCUCUCACAGAGCAAAAAAACCCCGAAUGUUAUUAACUUCACAAAGAGGAUUUUCUGCAGGGCAGCUUAAUUGUUUAGACUUAACAGGUGAACAUAAUAAAUUGGUCAUUAUGUGGUGCGUUGGAAAUUGUCUUGAACAGAAUUAUGGUGUUUGCUACGAUGUUCACUGGACAAACUGUUGAAACCAUGAGGUGUAAGAGAUGUUUUCCCUCAUGUAUUUGAAGUGAUUUGAAACAAUAAACUGAUCAGCUGGGUUGCUGCAUCUAAUUUAAACUGCAAGCAUUGGACUGUUUCAUCUGCUCACCUAACACGGUAAAACAUGUUGUUCUGAUAAACGGAUUAAUUUGGAUUGGCCUGAAAGUUAUAGCGCACUUGUGCCAGAUGCCAAACUACAGUCAGGUCCAUAAAUAUUGGGACAUCGACACAAUUCUAACAUUUUUGGCUCUAUACACAACCACAAUGGAUUCCAAAUGAAACGAACAAGAUGUGCUUUAACUGCAGAGUGUCAGCUUUUAUUUGAGGGUAUUUACAUCCAAAUCAGGUGAACAGUAUAGGAAUUAUGACAGUUUGUAUAUGUGCCUCCCACUUCUUAAGGGACCAAAAGUAAUGGGACAGUUGGCUUCUCAGCUGUUCCAUGGCCAGGUGUGUGUUAUUCCCUCAUUACCCCAAUUACAAUGAACAAAUAAAAGGUCCAGAGUUCAUUUCAAGUGUGCUGUUUGCUUUUUGAACCUGUUGCUGUCAACUGCCAGGAUGAGAUCCAAAGAGCUGUCACUACCAGUGAAGCAAGCCAUCAUUAGGCUGAAAAAAACAAAAACCCAUCAGAGAGAUUGCAAAAACAUCAGGCGUGGCCAAAACAACUGUUUAGAACAGGGGUGUCGAAGUCCAGGCAGGUUUUAGAUCUCACCCUGGCUCAACACACCUGAAUCAAAUGAUUAGUUCAUUAGCAGGCAUCUGGAGAACUUCAAGACAUGUUGAGGAGGUCAUUUAGCCAUUUGAAUCAGCUGUGAUGGAUCAAGGACACAUCUAAAACCUGCAGGACACCGGCCCUCGAGGCCUGGACUUCGACACCUGUGGUUUAGAACAUUCCCAAAAAGAAGGAACGCACUGGUGAGCUCAGCAACACCAAAAGACUAGGAAGACCACAGAACACAACUGUGGUGGAUGACCAAAGAAUCCUUUCCCUGGUGAAGAAAACACCCUUCACAACAGUUGGCCAGAUCAAGAACACUCUCUAGGAGGCAGGUGUAUGUGCGUCAGAGUCAACAAUCAAGAGAAGACUCCACCAGUGUGAAUACAGAGGGUUCACCACAAGAUGUAAACCUUU